AUGAGAUACAAGAGCCACAGUUUUAGGGAGCUACAGGAACCACAGGAGUUGAAGGAGCCACAGGACCUAGAGGAGCCACAGGAGCUACAAGAGCCAAAGAAGCUCCAGGAGCAACACAAAACAAAGGAGCUACACCAGCCACAAGAGCCACAGGAAAUACAGGAGCAACAGGAUCCAGAGGAGCAAAAGGAACCACAGAAGCUACAGGAGAUACAGGAGCCAGAGGGACCAAAGGAAGCCACAGGAACCACAGGAGUUGAAGGAGCCACAGGAGCUAGAGGAGCCACUGGAGCCAGAGGAUCUACUGGAGCCACAGUAGCUACAGGAGCUAGAGCCACAGGAGCCAGAGGAGCUACAGGAACCACAGGAGCUACAGGAGCCAUAGGAGCUACAGGAGCCAAAGGAGCUCCAGGCGCCACAGAAGACAAAGGAGCUACAGGAACCACAGGAGUUGAAGGAGCCACAGGAGGUACAGGACCCAUAGGAGCUACAGGAGACACAGGAACCUCAGGAGCCACAGUAGCUACAGGAGCCACAGGAGCUAGAGGAGCUACAGGAACCACAGGAGUUACAGGAACCACAGGAGUUGAAGGAGCCACUGGAGCUACAGGAGACACGGGAGCUACAGGAGCCAAAGGAGCUACAGAAGCCACGGCAGCUACAGGAGCCACAGCAUUUACAGGAGAUACAGGAGCCUCAGGAACCUCAGGAGUUGAAGGAGCCACACUAGCCACAAGAACCACAGGAGUUGAAGGGGCCACAGGAGCUACAGGUGCCAAAGGAGCUACAGGAGCCACGGCAGCUACAGGAGCCACAGCAUUUACAGGAGAUACAGGAGCCACAGGAACCUCAGGAGAGCUACAGGAGACACAGGAGCCACAGGAUCCACAGGAGUUGAAGGGGCCACAGGAGCUACAGGAGCCACGGCAGCUACAGGACCCAAAGGAAAUACAGGAGCCACAGGAACCACAGGAGUUGAAGGAGCCACAGGAGCUACAGGAACCACAGGAGUUGAAGGAGCCACAGGAGCUCCAGGAGCCACAGAAGACAAAGGAGCUACAGGAGCCACGGCAGCUACAGGAGCAACAGGAGUUGGAGGAGCCAGAGGAGUUACAGGAGCUAAAGGAGCCACAGGGGCCUCCGGAGCUACAGGAGCCACAGGAGUUGGAGGAGCCACAGGGGCCUCAGGAGCUACAGGAGCUACAGCAGCCUCAGGAGCUACAUGAGCAAAAGGAGCUCCAAGAGCCACAGAAAAUACAGGAGCCACUGGAACUAGAGGAGCAACAGGAGCCUAAGGAUCUCCAGGAGCCAGAGGAGCCAAAGGAACUCCAGGAGCCACAGAAGACAAAGGAGCUCCAGCAGCCACAGGAGCUAGAGGAGCCACAGGAACCACAGGAGUUGAAGGAGCCUGAGGAGCCACAGAAGCUCCAGGAGCCACAGAAGACAAAGAAGCUACAGGAGCCACGACAGCUACAGGAGCAACAGGAGUUGGAGGAGCCAGAGGAGCUACAGGAGCUAAAGGAGCCACAGGGGCCUCCGGAGCUACAGGAACCACAGGCGCAUGGCGCCGUGGCAAGAGCUCUGGUAGGAGGUACAGGAGCCAUAGGAGCUACAGGAGGCACAGGAGCCACAGGAACCACUGGAGUUGAAGGAGCCACAGGAGCCACAGAAAACAAAGGUGCUACAGGAGCCACGACAGCUACAGGAGCCACAGGAGUUGGAGAAGCCAGAGGAGCUAAAGGAGCCACAGGGGCCUCAGGAGCUACAGGAGCCACAGGAACCACAGGAGCCAAAGGAGUUUCAGGAGCCAAAAGAGUUACAGGAGCCACAGGGGCCUCAGGAGCUACAGGAGCCACAGGAGCUAGAGAAGCCACUGGAGCCUCACGAGCUCCAGGAGUUACAGGAGCCUCAGGAGCUAAAGUAGCCACAGAAAACAAAGGAGCCACUGGAACUAGAGGAGCUACAGGAACCACAGGAGUUGAAGGAGCCACUGGAGCUACAGGAGACACGGGAGCUACAGGAGCCAAAGGAGCUACAGAAGCCACGGCAGCUACAGGAGCCACAGCAUUUACAGGAGAUACAGGAGCCUCAGGAACCUCAGGAGUUGAAGGAGCCACACUAGCCACAAGAACCACAGGAGUUGAAGGGGCCACAGGAGCUACAGGUGCCAAAGGAGCUACAGGAGCCACGGCAGCUACAGGAGCCACAGCAUUUACAGGAGAUACAGGAGCCACAGGAACCUCAGGAGAGCUACAGGAGACACAGGAGCCACAGGAUCCACAGGAGUUGAAGGGGCCACAGGAGCUACAGGAGCCACGGCAGCUACAGGACCCAAAGGAAAUACAGGAGCCACAGGAACCACAGGAGUUGAAGGAGCCACAGGAGCUACAGGAACCACAGGAGUUGAAGGAGCCACAGGAGCUCCAGGAGCCACAGAAGACAAAGGAGCUACAGGAGCCACGGCAGCUACAGGAGCAACAGGAGUUGGAGGAGCCAGAGGAGUUACAGGAGCUAAAGGAGCCACAGGGGCCUCCGGAGCUACAGGAGCCACAGGAGUUGGAGGAGCCACAGGGGCCUCAGGAGCUACAGGAGCUACAGCAGCCUCAGGAGCUACAUGAGCAAAAGGAGCUCCAAGAGCCACAGAAAAUACAGGAGCCACUGGAACUAGAGGAGCAACAGGAGCCUAAGGAGCUCCAGGAGCCAGAGGAGCCAAAGGAACUCCAGGAGCCACAGAAGACAAAGGAGCUCCAGCAGCCACAGGAGCUAGAGGAGCCACAGGAACCACAGGAGUUGAAGGAGCCUGAGGAGCCACAGAAGCUCCAGGAGCCACAGAAGACAAAGAAGCUACAGGAGCCACGACAGCUACAGGAGCAACAGGAGUUGGAGGAGCCAGAGGAGCUACAGGAGCUAAAGGAGCCACAGGGGCCUCCGGAGCUACAGGAACCACAGGCGCAUGGCGCCGUGGCAAGAGCUCUGGUAGGAGGUACAGGAGCCAUAGGAGCUACAGGAGGCACAGGAGCCACAGGAACCACUGGAGUUGAAGGAGCCACAGGAGCCACAGAAAACAAAGGUGCUACAGGAGCCACGACAGCUACAGGAGCCACAGGAGUUGGAGAAGCCAGAGGAGCUAAAGGAGCCACAGGGGCCUCAGGAGCUGUAGGAGCCACAGGAACCACAGGAGCCAAAGGAGUUUCAGGAGCCAAAAGAGUUACAGGAGCCACAGGGGCCUCAGGAGCUACAGGAGCUACAGGAGCCACAGGAGCUAGAGAAGCCACUGGAGCCUCACGAGCUCCAGGAGUUACAGGAGCCUCAGGAGCUAAAGUAGCCACAGAAAACAAAGGAGCCACUGGAACUAGAGGAGCAACAGGAUCCACAGGACCUACAGGAGUUGAAGGAGCCAUUGGAGCCAGAGGAGCUAUAGGAGCCACAGGAACCACAGGAGUUGAAGGAGCCACAGGAACUAGAGGAGCCACAGGAGCUUCAGGAGCUACAGGAGCCAAAGAAUCUCCAGGAGCAACAGAAAAAAAAGGAGCUACACCAGCCACAAGAGCCACAGGAAAUAAAGGAGCAACAGGAUCCAGAGGAGCAAAAGGAACCACAGAAGCUACAGGAGAUACAGGAGCCAAAGGAACCACAGGAGUUAAAGGAGCCACAGGAGUUGAAGGAGCCAUAGGAGCUACAGGAGACACAGGAACCACAGGAGUUGAAGGAGCCACAGAAGACAAACGAGCUACAGGAGCCACGGCAGCUACAGGAGCCACAGGAGAUACAAGAGCCACAGGAACCACAGGAGUUGAAGGAGCCAUAUGA